AUGCCUUUCGGCCUCUGCAAUACUCCAGCUACUUUUCAGAGGUGUAUGAAGGAUGUAGUAUUUGACUUCACCGAGGAGUGCAAGGUGGCAUUUGACAGGUUGAAAGAGUCAUUGACAUCACCACCUGUUAUCCAGCCUCCAGACUGGAGCCUCCCAUUUGAGAUAAUGUGUGACGCGAGUGAUUAUGCAGUGGAAGCGGUGCUGGGACAACGGAUUGGCAGAGCUGCACAUGCAAUCUACUAUGCAUCCAAAGCGUUGAAUGGAGCUCAAUUCAACUACUCUACAAUAGAGAAAGAAUUGCUAGCUGUGAUUUUUGCACUAGAAAAAUUUAGACCUUACUUGUUAGAGUUCAACUUGGAGAUUAAAGAUAAGAGUGGGGCAGAAAAUUUAGUUGCUGAUCAUUUGAGUCGCUUGCUUGCUCAUAAAGAGGAGCAACCAUUGAGAGAGGCAUUUCCAGAAGAGCAACUCCUUGCCAUUAACUUAUCUACACCUUGGUGUCAAAGGGUGGGGAAUAUUUUUCGUAGGAACCAAAUGUUUCAAACUCCCAUGUUGUUUGUUGAAAUUUUUGAUGUUUGGGGGAUAGAUUUUAUGGGUCCUUUUUCCUCAUCUUUUGGUUUCCUAUACAUUUUACUUGCGGUUGAUUAUGUUUCUAAAUGGGUGGAGGCCAAGGCCACCCGUACUAAUGAUUCUAGAGUGGUUGCAGAGUUUUUAAAAUCUAAUAUUUUUAUCCGUUUUGGAAUGCCAAGAGCUGUGGCAAACGGUCAAGCCGAAGUGUCAAACAGGAAAAUCAAAUCAAUCUUGGAGAAAAUGGUGCGCCCAGAUAGGAAGGAUUGGAGUUUAAAGUUAGAAGAUGCACUGUGGGCAUACCGCACCGCGUAUAAGACGCCGAUUGGGAUGUCUCCGUAUAGACUUGUCUUCGGUAAGGCUUGCCAUCUUCCCGUGGAGUUCGAACACAAGGCGUUUUGGGCAGUGAAGCAGUGUAACAUAGGAUUAGACGAAGCAGGGGUCCAAAGGAAAUUGCAGCUACAAGAGUUAGAGGAGAUAAGAAAUGAAGCGUAUGAAAAUGCCACGAUCUAUAAGGAAAAAAUGGAGAUCCAAAAUUUAAAAACGGAGAAAAAGUUCGUGGUGAAUGGCCAUCGUCUCAAGCCUUAUUAUGAGGGAUUCGCUGUUGAAGAAGUAGAAGUUGUACACCUCCAAGAUCCACUUUAUCUUGCUUGA